AUGGAAGACGACGGCUUCGUUGUCGUUUCCAGAGAAAGCACCCAGGACUCCUGUCCUGACCAUGUUCCCAGACAGGUUGAGGAGUCUUCGGGUUCCAACAACAACUUCGUAUCAGAGAUCGGCAUCUAUAUUGAAUCCUUAGGGGAGACACUUUGGAAGCUAAACCAAUACCUCCACGAAAACCCGGAACUCGCGUUCAAAGAGUACAAGGCACACCAAGCCCUGACCGACUUUCUGCGCUCGAGGGAGGAGAAAUGGCAUAUUACGCCGUCAGCAUGCGGACUGGAAACGGCAUGGAUAGCCGUGCACGACAGCGGUAGAAAUGGACCCGUCGUGUCAUUCAACGUUGAGAUGGCUGGACUCGCCACGGCAGAGCUCAUGAAACGACACAACAUGCCCGGCAAGGUCGUUCUCUUUGGUACACCGGGAGAGGAAGGCCUUGGAGGAGGCAAAAUUCAACUGCUAAAGCGGGGAGCCUACCGGGGCGUGGACAUCUCGUUGAUCUCCCAUCCCGGAAUCCUGAACAAUAGCCCUCUCGUCCGAACUACCGCCUUCGCUCGUCUAGAGGUAGAAUACUUUGGGCGAGCAGCGCACGGGGCCAAGAAUCCGUGGAUGGGAAUCAACGCCCUCGACGCCCUUGUCGUUUCGUAUAACGCCGUGUCAGCUCUGCGCCAGCAAACGAAGCCGGGCGACGUGAUUGGUGUAGCUAUCACCAAUGGCGGGGAACAGGCGACAAAUGUGAUUCAUGCAUACGCAGCCUGCGUCUGUAUGAUCCACGCGACGACUUCAUCCCGUCUCGCGGAGCUCCAAGAGAAGGUCAGCUCCUGCUUCCGCGCGGGUGCUGUUGCCACCGGCGCGAACGUCAACAUCACCGUAACAUCCGGGUAUCAAGAUCACGUACCAAAUCGGGUUCUUGCGGCUUCAUACAGGCGGUACUGGAGCAUGUUGCCAGAUCCGCCGGACCCCCCGCUUCCAGCAGACGGGCAGUUUACUUGGGUAAGGUCGAGCACAGAUCAGGGGGAUCUAAGCCACGCUUUACCAAGCGUGAAUGCGAGUUUCGCUAUCCCUCCUGGUCCUGAGGCAGGACAGCCGCACAGUCCAGACUUUGAAAAGGCGUCAGGUACUAGAUCAGCUUUUGCAAGAGCUUUGAGGGUAGGGAAGGCGUUAGCUGGGACAGCAAUUGACGUGUUGACAAUUCCUGGUCUCCUUGACGAGGUCAAGAGGCAGUGGAGGCGAGACAUGAAGGCUACAAGGGAGCAGUUUGAGGAGUUCUCGGAAUACUCGGACUAUUAA